AUGGCCGUUCCCUCGAACAAACAAAUGGAGGUCACAGACUUGGAGACCGGUUCUGUUCAAGAAGACAUAUCAGGGGGGGAGAGCCCUAUGGAGAGAAAGUCAAUUUCGCCGAGUCCAGAGAUCACUUAUAUCAAGGGAUGGAGAUUCCAUCUCAUAAGUCCCGCCAUUAUUUGUCGUGCAUUUCAAGGUUUCGGUGCCUCUGGCGCUUUCUCGGUCUCCUUAACAAUCUUCUACCAAUUUAUUCCACCACCCAAGUAUCCAUUGUACGGGAGUUUCAUAUCGACUUUGAGUGCUGUUGGCGCUCUCGUUGGACCGCUAGUAGGUGGUGUAAUUGAUACCACUUCUACGUGGAGAUGGAUAUUCUUCUUGAAUGUGAUUGGGACAGCUAUUAUUCUCGGAUUGAUUGUCUUCUUGCUCCCUGGGAAAUUCCCGUAUCACGGAUCGUCUACCCCAUCAGUACCUAUCCCUUGGCAAUCUUUGCUGAAAAGGGUCGAUUUCACAGGUGCCUUUUUACUAUUAAGUGCUCCAGCACUCCUUGUAACAGUAUUACUUGAAGUCUCUACGGUUUUCAAAUGGUCUUCGGCUGCGACUAUAUGCCUCUUGACAAUAUCUGGGUUGUUUUGGGUAGGAUUUGCCAUAUGGGAGUGGUUUUUAGGAAGCAGCAAGGGCGUUCAAGAACCUAUGUUCCCCAGGGUCUUACUAGAUAAUAGAAUGUGGAUGGGGAUAGCUUUGACAUCCUUCCUCGUCGGUAUUCCAUCUCAAAUCAUCACUAUUGAGAUCCCUCAAAAAGCACAGGCGGUAUACGGAGACUCCCCAUGGCAAGCCGGAUAUCGAUUAAUAGCAUACACACUCGCUGUCCCCGUUGGUAGCAUCGUUGCGAAUACAAUCAUCGGCAAAACCAAAAUACCUCCUAUCUACCUGCUGUUCUGUGGUACAGCUACACAAGUGCUCGGCGUCGGAUUGCUACUCACGAUUCCCGCCUCUGGAAAGAUACCGGGACAGAUUCAUUUCUUCGAGGUGCUUAUUGCUCUAAGGGUGGGCAGUUCUUUCGCUAUACUUUUGGUAUUAAAUCCACAUUGUAUUGAGAGACAAUACAUAGCGACUGCUUCCGGAGCAAUCGUUCAAUUUCGUAUGACAGGAAGCACACUCGGUCUCGCAUCUGUAACCACAGUCCCCAACAAUCAUUUAUCAAAGCAUCUUCACAAAAUCCUCAAUGUUACUCAGCUGAAUAGUGUUUUAUGA